CAAAAUAAUCUUUAAAAAUGGCAGGAGCAAUCAUAGAAAACAUGAGCACCAGGAAAUUGGUUUUCUUGGGCUGCUUUAUUCUUGUUUUUCAAGUUCUUUGCAUCAUGGUCGGAGCAUUAAUUGCUCCCAGUCCCACCAGCGCCAUUCGCUACCUAGCCACCAAAUGUAUUAAUCGCCACAGGGCACGCGGCUGGCUUGUGCCGUGGGGACCAAACCGGUGCCAGCAGAUUCACAGCUUCGAUGAGCCUCUGGCAAAAACGCUGGAUGCCAACGACAUUGUUUUUGCUGUGCAUGUGCCUCUUCCCAACAAGGAGAUGAGUCCCUGGUUUCAGUACAUGCUGGCUGUUCUACAGUAUGACAUCGCAUUCAAAAUGAUCAAUCAGAUUGAAGAUGAUGUAAUCAUCACUAUUGAUGCUGGCCUGGCAUACAGGGAUGAUCUGAGAUCUGAGUGGACCACAAAGUUUCACUCAGUGGUGCAAAGGCCUCUCAGGUGCAUAUUUGCAGCCCCUAAGACGUAUGAAAACGAAGGCCACUUUUACAACUGUGACCCCAUACCAUUCAUGGAACUGGGAUGUGUAGCCCAUAAAUAUUAUCUGAUUAACCUGCGCUUGCCAGUGAACGACACAGUGAAUGUUGGUAUUGGAGAAAUAAAAGACAUCCAUGUGGUGGGCAUCCACCAGAAUGGAGGCUUCACUAAAGUGUGGAUCACCAUGAAGACUGUGUUCAGUCCCUGGAUAUUUGUGGCAACAGCUUGGUACUGGCACAGGAUCGGCCUCAUGGCAAGACCUCCGGUCCUUUUGGAAAAGGUGAUUUUUGCUCUGGGUAUCUCUAUGACGCUCCUGAAUGUGCCAGUGGAGUGGCUGUCCCUGGGCUUUGAAUGGACGUGGAUGCUGCUGUUUGAAGAUGCCCAGCAGGGCGUCUUCUAUGCCACACUCUUCUGCUUCUGGAUCAUCUUCUGUGGUGAACACCUCAUGGACCAAAGUCAGAGGAAUCGGCUCUCAGCAUACUGGUGGCAGGUUGGACUGGUGAUGUUCGGCUCAUUUAUCCUCCUCAUAUUUGACCUAAGUGAAAGGGGCGUUCAUUUGACCAACCCCUUCUACAGUGUUUGGGCAUCAGAAAUUGGGGCGAAGGUGGCAAUCGCCCUCAUUAAUGUGGCAGGCAUUUCUGUCUGUCUGUAUUUCCUCUCCCUGUGUGUCAUGGUGCGUUGUGUGUUCAGUAACAUUGGUGGGAAAAUACAGCAACUUCCUGCAAUGCCUGAGGCCAGAAGACUGCGUUAUAAGGGUAUAAUUUUCAGGUUCAAGUUUUUGAUGCUGGUAACUCUAGUGUGUGCAGCCAUGACGGUGAUCUUCUUUAUCUUAAAUCAAGUCAGCGAGGGUCACUGGCACUGGGGAGACUACACGCUCCAAGUCCACAGUGCUUUCCUCACAGGGAUCUACGGCAUGUGGAACCUGUAUGUUUUCACCAUUAUCUUCCUCUACGCCCCCUCCCACAAGCACAACAGGAACAAGUCAGGAGACAGUCAGCAAACAGAUGUGCUGGAGAAGCCGGAGAGUCAAGAGACCCAGCUGUCGUGUGGAGAGCAGGGGCCGACGGAGACCUACAGGAUCACAGGGAAGGUGGCUGAAGAAUAACUGCCACAAAACCUGAAGGCAGUAAAAUGUAGACUGUCUUCGAUAAUAUGACUUUUGAAUAUCAGUGGAAUUUAUAUGACUUGAAAUGUAGAUGAUCGAGAAAGUGAAAUUUCUAGGAAGAUCCCCCGACCGUUCCAGUAGAUGUCUAGAUCUAUGAUUGCUGUCAUCUGACUCCUCCCCCAAUGCACAGACUUGUUCAAUUGGAUGUCUUUAAGCCAAUCAUAGUGUUCCACAUCAUCUAAAGUGGCCACAGUAGAACCACGCCCUCUUUGUCAAAAAAACAUGGUGGACUGCAAGGCAAGGAGGAAGAGUAAGGAGCAUUUUAAUCCAUCAGUCAUAUUAUUUAAGUACAUAAUUUGGGUUUAAAGUAAACAUGAGAUGUUAUAUUACUUCAUCAUACAUGAGAUUUAUAGGAGUGUCACCAGGAAAUGAAAAGGGAAAUACUGUUUUGAUUUAUUCUGACUGUUCUGAUUUGAUUUUCUCAUGAUACAGUCAGCUUUUAACACACCCUUUUUGAUUAUGCACAAAGAAAAUUCAUCACAGAUGUUUAUGAAGAAACUGCUAUAAAGAGAUAUUUCACAAAUUGAGGAUAUUUUGAUAACCGCUAUGACAUGUCGGAAAUGUCUUCUGUGACAAAGGCUAAUUUGUCUGCUUUUGAGGAAUUGCACACUUUAAAAAGAGCUAGAGAAAUGAGACUGUGAGGAGGUUGUUGGUUCAAUUAUUAAUAGAAGUUAACCUAUUAAUCAAUUGCCUGACAAUUUUUGAAACAAAACUGCCAACUGAUGCCACCUGUUCAACUGCCGCCUUUCUUUGUCUCAUGUGAUAGUUAACUGAAUGUGUUUUGGACAGAAGAUAUUCAGCUUCAACUAUUUAAUGCCACCAUAUGAAUCCUGUAUGAUGUAAAAUGUAGACUGCAAUUCCAUGCUUUGUAUCUAGGCCUCAUUAUACAGUGUUUCUGUAUUUCCUGUGACCACAUUGAUACAGACUUCAUAUAACAUGCUGCAUGUC